AUGGAAGAUAUUUUUGGUGUCAACCUAAUUUCGCAAGGAGGCGUAGUGAGGACAAGCACACUACACAACUAUAGAAUUGUUUUAGUACUUGCAUCUGCAUCAUGGUGUCCUACAUGCCAUCAGUUUCUACCAAGACUUAUAGAUUUCUAUCGAGCAGUAAAUUCAAGUGGGAAAAUUAUGGAAAUUGUCUUUGUCAGCAGAGACAAAAAAGUGGAUGAAUUCAAUAAUAUAGUUCGCAAUGUUCCUUGGGUUGCAAUGAACUUUGAUCAAAGAAGAGCAGAAGCAGUUUUCCAGAGAUUUGGGAUAAGCGGAAUUCCUAAGCUUAUUUUACUCAAUCAGAACGGAGCUCCUGUCAGAAUGGAAUGCAGAGAAGACAUCUUAGCCAAUGGGCCUGGCUGUAUUGAAAUCUGGAGGAAUCUCUUAUAUCUUAGUACAAUAAAAAAGCAUUUCUAGUGAUUAGCUGCUAUCCUAUUUCCUAUUUAAAAUAGAAUUACGGCAACAGUAAAAAUGUUUAGAUUCACUCUAAUUAGCAUAGAUUAA